AUGUAUGUACUCUGUUCCUCGAAGUCAGAGUCAUUUAGAAUUAGCAGAACACCUCCUUCCAAUCCUACCAUUGUGGUUUUAGGAGAAAACAGCGCGCAAGUCAGUCUUGCAUGGGAGUUAUCUGAUGCACCAAAUAACUAUUUCGUUCAGUUUUGGAGAAGGAAACCUGGUGAAGAUCUUAAACAAAUAGCAAUCAGAACAAAUGGGAACGCGUUCCAUCCGGGCUCCACGAGUGAGUUCAAGGCUUCACUCCCAGCGACACUAACACUGAAGAACGUAGAGAGAAAUGAGGAAUACUCCUACACUAUUACUCUGCUGAAUUCUCAAGCAGUUGAGGUAGCACGAGAUACAGUUACUAUUGAUGUGGUUGUGCCUCCAGAAAUAACUGUCCCACCCACACCAACACCUUUGCUUACCAUUGGAGAAAACUACACUCUGACCUGCAAUGCAUCUGGUGACCCUUUCCCAAAGAUAACUUGGACAAAAGAUGGUACACCAGCAGAAGAAUUUAAUGUAACGGGUUACAAGCUUCAUUUCACCAAUGUGGAGUUGAAGGAUGUAGGAUCAUACAGAUGUACAGCCAGUAAUGGAUAUGGACAUAAUGCCACAAGUGUCAGUGUAGCUAGCAUUAGAUGUAAUGAUUGUGAUAUAAAGACAGUUGGAAUAAUAUUAAGGAGUGAAACUUGGAAGUCAGCCUUGAAUAACCAACAGUCAGUUGAGUUCAAAAUAUUGCAGGCAAAUGUGUUAUCAGAAAUCUCCAAGGUUUAUGCUAAAAAUCCCGGGAAAAAAAUGUACAGUAUAGAUCUUGUUGCUUUCAGAUCUGGUAGUGUUGUUGCUGAAGUUGAGAUGAAGUUUGGAAAAUCUGUUACUGACCCUUUGAAACCACUGGAAGAUGACAUCAAAGAUGGAAAGCUUGGGGCAUUCACAGUUAACUGUAAACUUGAUUUGAAUAUAACUACUCCACCACCCGCCUCCCUUUUUUCAACAGCUACUCCACCACCUGUCUCCCUUUUUUCAACAACGUCAGAAGAACCAGAUCAACCUUCAAGUAAUGCUCCCAACUCAGGCUUGACACCAAGCGAAUUGUGGGGUAUCAUUGGAGGAUGCAUUGCAUUUGUUCUUGUAGUCCUCAUCAUUAUUGUAGUGUCCUCUAUUUACUGUAGGAAGAAUAAAGGUGGGGGUGCUUCAAAAGGUGGUAGGAAAAAAUACAGUGAAGUUGGUGGUUACCUUGGGAACCUGCGGCAUCAUCGCCGAGAAGACCGAAUUGAAAUCCAGGUUCAAGAAUGUCCACAAGAAAAUCAGCACACAAGAUGUACAAACGUUGGGGUAGAUUUGAUGUUAAAUGAUGAGCGGUCUCCCACUUUGCAGUCACAGAGCUCUGGAAACCCAACUUACGAGCAAAUUCUGGUUUCCUCGGAGUACAUGCCGCUUAAUCAAGCAACAAAAUCUCGAAUCUGGGAAAUAAGACGGGAACAAGUUCACAUAAUGGAAAUGAUUGGAAAGGGUGCUUUUUCCCAGGUCGCAAAGGCAGUAGCUUUUUUAAAUAUCAAUGGA